GUCUCCGCAGAGGGGCACCGGAGAAAUUUGCUCACGGAAGUUGAACUCUCCAAGAGGCUGUGCGCCGAGAAUUGCCUCCGCACCCGGUCCCAGCGCUUGCCCAUGCCCUGAUGAUCUUUCAAGCUCGUCUGCGCUACUCGAUCGACGGCAAGCAUGUCCUCCAGUAACGCGUCCGCAGGUACAUCGAUGCGCCCGAAUACGAGAGCUCAGCGCAAGUUACUGGACGCCAACCAGGUGCAGAUACAGACCGAUGGCCAAAAAGGAGAAAGUGGGACGAAAGCCGAGCAACAUAACAUGAGGGCUAACGACGAGAUGUACACCAUCUACGUCCUAGGAUCCAAUAAAAAGCAAUACGCGAAUGAUUUCCGGAGAGACGCUACCAUCGGCCAAGUGGUCAUGAAGCUUUCCAACGAUUGGGAUGUGCCACAGGGUCAUAUGCGGGUGUUCGCAGUCGACGAAGAGAAACAGCGUAAAGUUCUCGAGGAUCCUGACUUCCAAUGGCCCGCAGAGAAAGACAAAGCGCUGCUACUUGGGACGAGUAUCAAGAAGGCUUUGAAGCUUGGGGCAAGCCAGAGGCCCGACGAGGAAGGCACUCACUUUUUCGUACUGAUCCAGGAGAAGGCCUCGGAUCCAGGUGGACCCAAACGCAAGGCAGAGGAGCCUGCGGAAGGAAACGAAGAACGAAGCAAGAGGCAAAGACAAGAUCCUGUGUUGCAAAAUGUGCAACGUGCAGUCUCGUUUGCUUUCAAUGCGCCUACGCCGUCCCAAGCUGCGACUCAUUCGGGAAUGCGCACAGCCAACGCGACCACUACCAUCUUAGACGGUCGUGCUCGUCGAAUUGGCGUGUCAGUCGGCAUCUUCUGCCCCAUCUUUGCAGACCUCCUAGCCGAUCUACGGUCAAGCGCCAACGAAGGGCCACCCGCGGAAGUCUGUCGACUGGUAGAGAAACUCUGCGCGGACUCAUCAGAGGAGUACGCCAGUGAAGACGAACGUAUCGCCGCUAUUUCGCCCACCAUGGACGCGUUGCUUGGUCAAACAUCGAUGAAGACUGUCAGCAGCCAAAAUACGUCUUCCGACCGAUCUUACGUAACAAGCGUCUUCCGGGACAAAUCUGGAGAAUCCGAAAACGCUACGGUUGAAUAUAAGAAUACACUGGGGUCCGGGCAGACCGAGCCCAUAUUUCAAGGCGUCAGCGCAGCUCGGAAGUAUUGGGCUCAGCCUCAGCGCAACAAAGUCCGUCAAGUGUCUCCCCACCCUGUCAUAUCCUUCGCGGUGGCCGGCGCGUGGAUGUUCGUUCAGCUUGUGGUGUUUGUGGAAGCGGUCAUCGUCGAAACGGUUCCUGAGCUAUGUGGCCCGUUAUUUGCUAACGCUGGUCAACACGACAAGUACAUCCGAGAAUUGGCGAAAAAGUUUUCGUGCCUCAAUAAGGCGAUGCUCCGAUUGAGAAACUACUACAACGAACUUCCAAAUCCCCCGCUUGCCGACCCAAUAGCGCCGUAUCUCCCCGCCUGGACACUUUUCGAGCUCUCCGAUUCCGACAAUCAAGAAGGCCGGCUAACUUAUGACAAGCGUCUCAUGGACGACUUCAGGAGCCCCAUCUAUGAGGCGGAAUUGCGCACUGUCGACAGCGAACGCACAAAGCCCUGCGUGGUCAAGUUCUGCUCAAGAUGGGGCACCUGGGUUCACAACUUGCUGGCUGAGAAGGGCUACGCGCCACAGUUGUACGGUGUGAAGGAACUGCCGGACGGGACGAAAAUGGUGGUCAUGGAGAAGCUCAGCGGGGAAUCGAUCUUCAAGAUUGGCGAAGUGCCUGCUUCCGUUGCGAACGACUUCAGAACCGCCCUCGACACCUUGCGCGUUGCGGGCCUUGUGCAUGGGGAUCUCAGGGCGACCAACCUCAUGUGUUGCUCGGAGAAAAAUGGGAGCUGGGUCGGGAAGAUUAUCGACUUCGACUGGGCAGAUAAAGAGGGCUCUGCACGAUACCCGUUCAACCUCAACGACACCUCAGAUAUCCCAUGGGCGUCAGGAGUAGGGAGGGGAGGGCUGAUCAAGCAUGCGCAUGAUGUACACAUGCUCGAAGUGAGCCUGCACGGGAAAUCUGUGGCUUACCGUUCGCAGUCAGUCAUGAAUCGCUAGUCAUAAUCUGUAGAUUCACCGUAUGUCAUCUGGUCUACAAUACUAUAAUCGUUAGAUAAAUAGUUUCGCAUGUGUUGUGCCGUGUCAUCUUCAACUCAACGGCGGAACUAUGCAAGUGGUGUUGAGGUACGAUGGACAAC